ACUCAGAAAACAAAGAAAAAAGAAAAGCGCGCACGGUUCCUGGCGCGCAGGAGAUUGACCAUGUCAACACUGCUCUCCCUUGACAGGAAGACUGAGACGGAAGGAAUGGCUGUGGAUCUGUUGUCCUCGCGGGUGACGGAGCCCGUGACGUUCAGGGAUGUGGCUGUGCUUUUUAGCCAGGACGAGUGGCUGCGCCUGGACUCUGCCCAGAGGAUCCUGUACCGGGAGGUGAUGCUGGAGACCUACAGCAGCCUGGCCGCGCUGGGGAUUCCGUUUUCAAUGCCCAAGGCGAUCCGCCAGUUGAAACAAGGAGAAGAUCCUUGCACGCUGGGAAGAGACGUCCCUUCGGACCCCUGUCUGGGCUUCAAGAUUUGGCCUGAAGUAGAAGCCUCGCCUCCAAGACAGAACAUUUUAACAGAAGAAACAUCUCAGGGAAUAACGAAAGAAGAAUCCGUUCAGUAUGGUCCCUGGGGCAUCAAAUUUGGAGAAAAUGUGAACUUUGAGAGUGAACUAGAACAGGAGCAAGAGAAGAAGCCUCUUAGGCCAAUGGUGGCCUCACACGAGGAGACCAUCGAUGGAGAUAGAAACCAUGCAGGUUUUGAAUCGGAGGAAAGCUUAUUUACCAAGGCAAUGCCUGUUACACCACAGAGUGUUCCUACAGAAAAGACACCCAAUAUGCAUUGUACUUUGGAGAAAGAUUUUGAGCAAAAUUUCGAUCUAAUGAGAUGUUUCCAGAUUUACUCAGGAGAAAAACCUUACGUCUGUAACGAAUGUGGGAAGAGCUUCAAGCAGAAUCUUCAUCUUGUCGAGCACCGGAGACUUCAUACUGGUGAGAAACCCUACAAAUGUAAUGAGUGUGAGAAACCCUUCAGCCACAGAUCAUCCCUUCUUUCUCAUCAGAGAAUUCAUACUGGAGAGAAGCCUUACAAAUGCAACGAAUGCGAGAAAGCAUUUAGCAACAGUUCGACCCUGAUCAAACAUCUGAGAGUGCAUACUGGAGAGAAGCCCUACCGAUGUAGGGAGUGUGGCAAGGCCUUCAGCCAGUGCUCAACCCUUACUGUACAUCAGAGAAUUCAUACUGGAGAGAAACUCUAUAAAUGUGGUGAAUGUGAGAAGGCCUUCAAUUGUAGAGCAAAACUUCACAGACAUCAAAGAAUCCACACAGGUGAGAAACCGUAUAAGUGCAGGGAAUGUGGGAAGGGUUACAGCCAGUUGACGUCUCUUGCAGAACAUCAGAAACUUCAUACUGGAGAACAACUGUGUAAGUGUUUGGAAUGUGGGAGAACCUUCACGCGUGUUGCAACUCUCAUCGAGCAUCAGCGCAUUCAUACUGGACAAAAACCCUAUCAGUGUAGUGAAUGUGAGAAAACCUUCAACCAGUAUUCGUCCUUUAAUGAGCAUCGGAAAAUUCAUACUGGGGAAAAGCUUUACACAUGUGAAGAGUGUGGCAAAGCCUUUGGUUGCAAGUCCAACCUUUAUAGGCACCAGAGAAUUCAUACUGGAGAGAAGCCGUAUCAGUGUAACCAGUGUGGAAAAGCUUUCAGCCAAUAUUCUUUCCUAACUGAGCACGAGAGGAUCCAUACUGGAGAGAAGCUCUAUAAAUGUAUGGAAUGUGGGAAAGCGUACAGUUAUAGAUCAAACCUCUGUAGACACAGAAAAGUUCACACUAAAGAAAAACUCUACAAAUGGAAGGAAUAUGGGAAACCUUUCAUCUACAGUGCCUCCCUUCCUCAGUAUCAGAGAUUCCUUAGAGGAGAUAAGCCCUAUGAGGUUUAGUUCAUGUCUCAAGAAGUCCAAGACUUCUCAUUGGAGAAUAAUCAGGAGAAUAAUGAGGGUUCAAACUCCUAAUAGAUUUAAGUAUUUUUUACUUCUCCUGCUGGAAAUUUGCUAGUUAUCACUAAGUAAUGGUAAACUUGAUCAACAAAAAUACGAAGAGCACACACUUGUCAAGUUUUAAAAGAACCAUACAAAGGUUUCUAAAAACCUAUAAGCAAUUUUUUUAAUUCUUAGAAAAGAUGUAAAAAGCCUAACUCUUAAAAAAAUUUUGAAAAGCAGUUGACUGUAAAUUUCAUUUCUCUCAUUAGAUCAUAAUCCCUUUAUAAGAGUAAGCCUCGAUAUGUGAAAUUUCUUUUAAAUCAUCUUAUGACUGUUUCUUUUAAAAUCUGUCAUUGAGUUAUUAAUAAUGUAAAUAAGUGUGGGACCUUAUUUUCUAAAAUGGCUGUGGACAUAGGAAAUACUCCUUUUCAUAAAGACAGGCUAAAAAUAAAAAAUAAUUCUUUAAAUUUACCUCUUCACAUGAAAAUAAUAAAGCUUUCUUCAUGAUUUGCCCCAUUAGCUAGUUAUAUAUAUAUAAAUAUACAUGUAUGCAGAUAUAUAAAUAUAUGCAAAUACACAUGCAGUUUUGGAAAACGUUUUUUAAAAAGUCCUCUAUGAUUUAAAAAAAUGCAGUUGUAUUAAUUUAGAAUUAAGUUUUUAGAAUUAAAAUUUUGCCCAAAGGGAGAAUCUCUGCCCUUUGCAGUCUAACGUUGUUUCUUAAUUUGACGUGGUCUAUGUAACUGAAUAGAUUAUUUUUAUGGUACUAUAGCAGGUAGAGUAGACUAAAGCACUUGGGAAGACUGUCAUGUACAUACUCUGUCUUCUGCAGAAGGUAUAUAUCUGACAGAAUCUCAGACUAUAUGCCUGGUAGCUCAUUAGAGCCAGGAGAGGUUUUAGUUAAAUUAUGGUCUUUCAUUUUGCUGAUGAAGAAUUUGAACUUAGUGGGCAGAGUUAAGACUAGAACCUAGGGCCUCAGCUCUGGUCUUCUGGGAUAAUUGUAGGCUCAUUUCCAGCUGUAAGGCCCAAGAGUACUGUUUGUUUCGUCUCCUAGUUAGACACAGUUCCAGCGAUUUAACCAGCUAUUUCUUUCAUCUUUGAGGGUUUCUCCUCACUUUACUCCUAAUGAGUGACUUGCCUACAGCCAUCCUCUUUUUUCUUAGGAGCACCUGCUUUUAUAACUGCACUUAAAUCCUUAAAGCCAGCUGAAGUUCAGAUGGUGUAAUUGCUUUGGGGGAUUUUACAUGCAAGGUUGCCU